UCGGACACAGCGAAUCAUCAAUCCACGGAAAGAGCCGAAGAUGUCGGCUCGGCCAUCAGCGCCACCUGUCAGUGUCCAUCAGUGCCAGCUGUCAGUGCUCAUCCAUGCCACCUGCCAGUGCCCAUGAGUGUCACAUCAAUGCCACAUAUCAGUGCCCAUCUGAGCUGCCUUUCAGUAUCACCCAUCAGUGCCAGUCAGUGCCACCUAUCAGUGCUGCCAAUAAGUGCCACCUAUCAGUGCCAGUCAGUGCCGCCUAUCAGUGUGCAUCAGUGCCGCCUAUCAGUGCCCAUCAUGCCACCUAAUAGUGCCACUCAGUGCCGCCUAUCAGUGCUGUCUAUCAGUGCCAUAUAUGAGUGCUGCCUUUCAGUGCCCAUCAGUGAUGCCUGUCAAUGCCCAUAAGUGCCACCUACCAGUGCCUCCUCAUCAGUGCCCAUCAGUGCCAUCUAUCAGUGCCCAUCAGUGCAGCCUAUCAGUGCUCAUCACUACAGCCUCAUUAGCGCACAUCAGUGA